GGCAAGGCUGGGGGGCAGGGGCAGGGGCAGAGGUGUGGACCGGGCAGGCAGAGUGCCUGAGUGCCCUCUCACUCAAACCUCUCUACCCUUUGUCUGCAGAGGCGGCCGCUGACAGCACCAGCAUGUCUUACAGUGUGACCCUGACUGGGCCUGGGCCCUGGGGCUUCCGUCUGCAGGGGGGCAAGGACUUCAACAUGCCCCUCACUAUUUCCCGGAUCACACCAGGCAGCAAGGCAGCCCAGUCCCAGCUCAGCCAGGGUGACCUUGUGGUGGCCAUUGACGGCGUCAACACAGACACCAUGACCCACCUGGAAGCCCAGAACAAGAUCAAGUCUGCCAGCUACAACUUGAGCCUCACCCUGCAGAAAUCGAAGCGUCCCAUUCCCAUCUCCACGACAGCACCCCCACUCCAGUCCCCUCUGCCAGUGAUCCCCCACCAGAAGGACCCCGCUCUGGAUACGAACGGCAGCCUGGUGGCACCCAGCCCCAGCCCUGAGGCGAGGGCCAGCCCAGGCACCCCGGGCACCCCGGAACUCAGGCCUACCUUUAGCCCUGCCUUCUCCCCGCCCUCUGCCUUCUCCUCACUCGCCGAGGCCUCUGACCCUGGCCCUCCGCGGGUCAGACUGAGGGCCAAGACCAGCCCGGACGGGGCCCGGGACCUACUCGGCCCGAAAGCCCUGCCGGGCUCGAGCCAGCCGAGGCAAUAUAACAACCCCAUUGGCCUGUACUCGGCAGAGACCCUGAGGGAGAUGGCUCAGAUGUACCAGAUGAGCCUCCGAGGGAAGGCCUCGGGUGUCGGACUCCCAGGAGGCGCCGACUACCAGGAACGCUUCAACCCCAGUGCCCUGAAGGACUCGGCCCUGUCCACCCACAAGCCCAUCGAGGUGAAGGGGCUGGGAGGCAAGGCCACCAUCAUCCAUGCACAGUACAACACGCCCAUCAGCAUGUACUCCCAGGAUGCCAUCAUGGACGCCAUCGCUGGGCAGGCCCAGGCCCAGGGCAGUGACUUCAGUGGGAGCCUCCCUAUUAAGGACCUUGCCGUAGACAGCGCCUCUCCCGUCUACCAGGCUGUGAUUAAGAACCAGAACAAGCCGGAAGACGAGGCUGACGAGUGGGCACGCCGCUCCUCCAACCUGCAGUCUCGCUCCUUCCGCAUCCUGGCCCAGAUGACAGGGACAGAAUUCAUGCAAGACCCUGAUGAAGAAGCUCUACGAAGGUCAAGGCCCCAGGCCUCUUCCUACAGCCCAGCAAUGGCCGCCUCUUCAGUACCUGCCACUCACACCAGCUACAGUGAGGGCCCCGCCGCCCCUGCACCCAAGCCCCGGGUUGUCACCACUGCCAGCAUCCGGCCUUCUGUCUACCAGCCAGUGCCUGCAUCUACCUACAGCCCGUCCCCAGGGGCCAAUUACAGUCCCACUCCCUACACUCCCUCGCCUACCCCUGCCUACACCCCCUCACCUGCCCCUGCCUAUACCCCCUCGCCUGCCCCUGCCUAUACCCCCUCGCCUGCCCCCACCUACACUCCAUCCCCAGCACUAGCCUAUACCCCUUCGCCUGCUCCCAACUAUAACCCCGCACCUUCGGCGGCCUAUAGCGGGGGCCCUGCGGAGCCUGCUAGCCGUCCCCCCUGGGUGACAGAUGACAGCUUCUCCCAGAAGUUUGCCCCGGGCAAGAGCACCACUUCCAUCAGCAAGCAGACUCUGCCCCGGGGGGGCCCAGCCUAUACCCCAGCGGGUCCCCAGGUGCCACCACUUGCCAGGGGGACCGUCCAGAGGGCUGAGCGCUUCCCAGCCAGCAGCCGGACUCCACUCUGCGGCCACUGCAACAACGUCAUCCGGGGCCCAUUUCUGGUAGCCAUGGGCCGUUCUUGGCACCCUGAGGAGUUCAACUGUGCCUACUGCAAGAGUUCCCUGGCAGAUGUGUGCUUUGUGGAAGAGCAGAACAACGUUUACUGUGAGCGAUGUUAUGAGCAAUUCUUUGCCCCACUCUGUGCCAAGUGCAACACCAAAAUUAUGGGGGAAGUGAUGCAUGCCUUGAGACAGACAUGGCACACCACCUGCUUCGUCUGUGCGGCCUGCAAGAAGCCUUUCGGGAACAGCCUCUUCCACAUGGAAGAUGGGGAGCCCUACUGCGAGAAAGACUACAUCAAUCUGUUCAGCACCAAGUGUCACGGCUGCGAUUUCCCCGUGGAGGCCGGUGACAAGUUUAUUGAAGCCCUGGGCCACACCUGGCAUGACACCUGCUUCAUUUGUGCGGUCUGCCAUGUGAAUCUGGAGGGGCAGCCGUUCUACUCCAAGAAGGACAGACCCCUGUGCAAGAAGCACGCACACACCAUCAACUUGUAGGCGGCUGAGGCCGCCUGUGCUGAUGAGGCCCAGAGCUGCUCCUGCUGCUGGCAACAAAGGAUUCGGGAGGCUGAUGUUUCUUUCUUCUGAGGGGAACAGGGAGAGAGAGGAAGCAACUGAGCCCUUUGGAAGUAUAAUUUUAGGUUUUUUCUUCUGUACACAAAUCGUGUAUUUGCAUAGUUCAGACUAGGAGCCAAAUGAAGACUCAAAACCAAGCUAGUUAUUAAUCUAAGACUGGAAUUGUGCUUCAGACAUUUAGAGCAGAAUUCCAAGAACUCAAAAGUGAAAAGCAACAAGCAGCUUUCCCAAAGCGAUACACUUCCUGCGGUCACCAGAGGAGGACAGAGCUCAGAGCAGCUGUGGAGAAUCUGAAGUAUUCUGUGGAGUUCUUAAGCGCUCCCCUGGCAAACAAAUUGAAGUGCCAAACAGCACUCGCUGCAGGGUAUUUUUAGAGUCAUAGCUGAGAGCUUGUUAGCUAAGACCCAUUGGGCUUUCCUCACCAAAAAAGGAAGUGUUAUUCCAUUACUAGCGUCAUGGAGCUACCUCUGUGCAUCAGACUUCAGACCUUGAACAAACUUGAAACAUUCUAAUGGGAGCCCGGACGUCCAAAGAGAUGUCUUCUGGGAGCCACUGGGCAAUUGCCAGGACUCCAGGAAGGGCUCUGGCUCAGGUUGCAGACAGCUGAGAAAAGAUGGCCCUUUCAGCCACCCUCUCUCAGUCUGAAACAUCCAAUGUCCCCAGAAGGCUUAGCUCCUUUUUGAAUUGUGAUGGGAAAGUAGAAUUGGGUUUUUCCAGUUUUGCUCUGUGGUGUGUGAGAGAUUUUUUAAAGGCUCUGGGUUGUCUUUGGCCUUUGUUUAGCUUUAAGGGUUCGUUAGUAUGAGUGUCCAGUCGUGUGCGUGAAUUUCACCCCAACCUGUGACUGCUCACUUACGAUGUCUCCCCCAGUACCCUCCAUCUCAAAUAGGCUUGGUGGCCUGUGGAAAAGAAGAGAGACAGAGAGACAGUGUCUGAAAUAGGAUGGCAGAAUAGGCUCACAUGCCCAAACUCUGGGUGGGGAAGAGAAAACUUACUUUCUGCCACCCUCAGUAAGAACACACGAGGAGGCAGGACCUCCCACCUUCAGGUCUGCACCAUCCAUUUCAAAUGUUCCUUAAAAUGCAGCAGACUGAGUUUGUACAACUGUGUUAGCUGCUAGAAGGAACAGAUACACUGAUAUAUAUACAUUUGCUGUUUUGGCCAAUAUUUUGAAAAUGUAUGAGCUGAGUUGAUCUAGCUAUUAUUUAAGUAUUUAUUGAAGUAGAGGGGCCUUCAAACUACUUUAUGAUACUAGUGAUAGUUUGAGUUAGGUAAGCAUCUUAAAGCUGUUUGGCGAUAAAUAAGGCAGUUUAGAUUCUGUGGUUGGAAAUAGUGUAGUCACUUUCGUCUUUAGGAAGCCCUGUUAAUAUGCUCAUCGAAAACAUGGCAUUGAUGCAGGCAGUUUGCAUGAAUGUUUCUCACUUGAGCACGCUAUUUAGGCUGUCUUCCAACUCACUCUAUUCUGCUCUUACUCCUGUUUUGGAUUUUUCUCUUUGCACGUUUGAAAUAUUUUAUGGGAAUGUAUUAGAACUCUUUUCUUCUAAGGACUGAGACUUCCAGGGGACUGCCAUCUUACCUGAGUGUCUCCUCUCCAUUAGGGAGAAGGAAGCAGCUAGCUGUGUCCCUAGCUGCAGGAAGCCCCUAUUUUUUUCCAAGCAGGAAGCCACCAAUCUCCCCCAGGGAGCACCAGGGAGGGACAUGGAUGUGCUCCUGCCACAGGGCCCUUCCUACCUUUGGAUCUGCGACAAGGUGAAUACAAAGCAGCAGGCAGAGUAAAAUCUGCUGGGACUGCCUGGAGAUUUGUCAGGAGUUGCAGACAAAUACCUUGGAGCAUUCUGUUAUUUUUGGAAAGUUCAAAUACGCCGGGACAAGGAGGUUACUGACUGUACUGACAGGCUCUAAGUCGUUUUCUCCGAAAACUAACUAUUCAAUUGUCAGGGACUGGUCUUGAGGAAAGAAAGAAAGAAAAAAAAAACGUUCCCUAGAAUUCAGUUUCCCAAAUCUCUUUUUAAAGGUUUUACACACACGCACACACACACGAUCAUUAAAAAGUAUAUGAUCAUUAAGAAGAAAAGUGAAAUAUCUCAAGGGAUGGUUUCACCACAGUCCUUUAUUGAAUCAAUUUUUCUACAUUUCAGAGCAAGUAUAGAUUCUGAGGGACUCUUAUUUGCCAAAAAAAAAACAAAACUAGCAAAAAAUUUUUUAAAAAAAGAAAAAAAAAACAAGAAAAAAACCACUUAAAAUGUAGCAGGAAAAGAAGGUAGUUUUGAGUGUGGUUCACUCAGUGUCUGUGAGUCUGGUGUAGUGUCAGGAAUAAGACUGUGUCUAGCUCAAGUUUACAUUGUGAAUGUCCUACAACACCAAACAAAAUUUUUCAUAAUCCAUGGUGGGGAGCACACUUUGGAGCUACAGUUCUUGUUUCCUCAUUGUUGACAUUAAUUUAACAUUUAUAGGCCAGGUGCAGUGGCUCACGCCUGUUAUCCCAGCACUUUGGGAGGCUGAGGCAGGUGGAUCACCUGAGGUCAGGAGUUUGAAACCAGCCUGGCCAAUAUGGUGAAACCCCAUCUCUACUAAAGAUACACAAAAUUAGCCAGAUGUGGUGGCAGGUGCCUAUAGUCCCAGCUACUUGGGAGGUUGAGGCAGGAGAAUCUCCUGAAUCCUGGAGGUGGAGGUUGCAGUGAGCCGAGAUCAUGCCAUUGCACUCUAGCCUGGGCAACAAGAGUGAAACUCCGUCUCAAAAAAAAAAAAAAAAAAAAAGAUAAACACAACUUUUUUCAAUGGAGUGACAUAUCUGCAGCUUAUAUCUGCAGUGUUUGUGUUAGGAACCUAGCUUUUAUAAUGUUAACUUUUUAACUCAGUAUUCUGGCUUUGGGACUUUUUGUUUUGUUUUGGGUAAGAUUUCAGAAGUGGAAUGUAGCCUGUUAAAAGUGUGCACAAAAAUAUUUUGCAUGUUUUUUUUUCUCCUGUGUGAAUUCUACUUUUUAGCAAAAAUAAAAGCCCCCCAAAGGAUGUGCAAAUACA